AUGGCAAAGCCUGGAAUUUUAGGCCGCAGCAGCGCACAGAAAUCAAACGAGGGCAUGCGAAUCAUAUUCUCAGCAGUUGUUGGUGUUAUGCUAGGGUACUUGUUUGGCAUUUCCUUCCCCACAGUUAAUAUAACAAAGCUUCACUUCCCUUCUAGCAUUAUCUCCUAUAUUGAGGACAGAAACUCUGGCAUCACAACCCAAACAUUAUUGAAUCAUGCAUGGACAUCUGCAGCUACUCAUAAGAAGAACAAUUCAGCUUCUAAUUCUGAUGAAAUUCCUAAGAUUUAUGUUCCAACAAACCCUAAAGGUGCUGAAAGGCUUCCACCAGGCAUUGUAGUGUCUGAAACAGACCUUUAUCUCCGGAGAUUGUGGGGUGAACCUAGUGAGGAUCUUACUAGCAAACCAAGAUACCUUGUUACAUUUACAGUUGGAUACUCUCAAAAGGCAAACAUUGAUGCAGCAGUGAGAAAGUUUUCAGAAAACUUCACAAUUAUGUUGUUCCAUUAUGAUGAUUGGAUAACUGAGUGGGAUGAAUUUGAGUGGUCAAAAAGGGCCAUCCAUGUGAGUGUCAGAAAGCAGACUAAAUGGUGGUAUGCCAAGCGAUUUCUACAUCCUGACAUUGUUGCCUGUUAUGACUACAUAUUUAUCUGGGAUGAAGAUCUUGGUGUUGAACACUUUAAUGCAGAGGCGUACAUUGGGCUUGUUAGGAAGCAUGGGCUUGAGAUCUCUCAGCCUGGUUUGGAGCCUGAUAAAGGUCUGACAUGGCAAAUGACUAAAAGAAGAGGUGAUCAGGAAGUCCACAAAGUAACUGAGGAGAGGCCUGGCUGGUGUAGCGACCCCCAUCUGCCACCAUGUGCAGCAUUUGUUGAAAUUAUGGCAACUGUGUUCUCAAGGGAUGCAUGGCGCUGUGUAUGGCAUAUGAUUCAGAACGACUUGGUCCAUGGAUGGGGUCUUGAUUUUGCUCUUAGGAAAUGCGUGGAGCCAGCCCAUGAGAAAAUUGGAGUCGUUGAUUCCCAGUGGAUUGUUCAUCAAGUCGUCCCAUCGCUUGGUAACCAGGGCAAGGCAGAGAAUGGAAAAGCGCCAUGGGAAGGGGUUAGAGCACGCUGUCGUAAAGAAUGGGGGAUAUUUCAAACAAGGUUGACAGAUGCUGAGAAAGCAUAUUACUUGGCGCAUGGGAUCACACCACCAAAAUCGACAGUAGCUUAG